AUGGCAUUCAAUGGCGCUCGGCUGCUUGUACUUCAAAAGAACAACGCAAUUAGCCGGGAAAUACCCAUUCGUGCUGCUACAGUAAAGUUUGGUUCACAUCCGUUAAACACAAUUCGACUGAAGUCCGGAACAGCUGAACGCUUACAUUGCAAAAUUUAUGCAAAAAACGAAAAGGUGAUAAUUGUUAAUUACUCAAGUGAAAAGCCAAUUAAGUUAGAUGGGAAAAUUAUUAGAAAGCGAAAUGAACUCAACAAUGGUUGUAUUCUGGAAGUAUGCGGAACUCGAUUUCGUUGGUUGUUUGAUGAACGCCAGUUAACAGCUGGCACGCAGAAUCCUAAAAGGACUGAGGAGCAAACACCAGUUAGCUCGCGAUGCGGGAAACGACGACGUACCACAAUUCUUCGCAAUAAGCAAAAACCAGACAGAAAAUCUACUGCUAGUGGAGCUAGCAAAAAAUGUAUUCCCAAAAAAACAAACAGAACACCAGUGUAUACACUGCCAAAGAAUCGUCAACAGUUAAUAAAGAACAUUCGCAAGAGAUUUACAGUGCACAAUAUUGCGGAUAAUCAGACUGAUGAUGAAGAGGAUGACUAUGAAAAUAUGCCAGAUAUUGUAGAGCAACAGUCGAAAACACCAGUGUCUUCGACUGUCUCAUCUACCAACAAUACUCCCUUUUAUACACCCGAAAUGGGUAAGGAAAAUACAACAUUUCCUUCUGCCAAAUCAAUUUCCAAAACACCGACGUUACAAUUGGAAAACUCCGCAAUGAUGAUUCUGUCGUACACACCAACCAUCGGGACGCGCUCUAAAUUAAACAUGUUGAAAACGCCUACUUCAUCUGUUAAAACAUUUAAGAAAAGAGAAUCUCUACGCUCUAAUUCAGAAAAUGUAUCCCCAUUCACACGUGCGCAAUCUAAUAAUGUUAUUACACCUGCCAAGUCCAAAGCUGGUAGUUCGAUGUAUCUUAUUGAUCUCACUACACCGGGAAGUGGAUACAGCAGCAAUUACACUUGCAGCCCAUUACGGGAAAGUAAUUCUUCGUCGCAAUCGGCUGCAUCAUUUGGACUAAUUGAUUUGAUAACGCCAAGCCCGAAAAAAUCUAAACUCCCUUCGUGUGCUGUACCAAAAUCAGCUCAGAAAGGUUUGCUAAAAUCAGCCUUGAAAAAUGCUAGCAAAACUCCACGAGCUCUUGUCGGUACACCAAAACUUGCGCCUAAAAUAAUCAUAAAUGAUUCGGUGAGCAAGUCUGUACCCUCCAAAAAAUACGACAAAACACCUAACAAUGCAUACAAAUUCAGAGUUCGCAAUCUUGGAGUAUCGCCUGUUUCUAGCAAACCAGUAAGCGACGUUCAUGCCGCUUCAUCAAUCCAAGUACCCAAAAUAAGUGCGUUCAAUCAGCUUCGUUAUUCUGAAAACGUAAUCACAGCAAAUGCUACCUUGGUAUCAAAUAAUGAGGCAAAAGAAGCACCUCCAAUGACUACAGAUGAAAUAUUUGAUACACUACUUGGACGGCAAUCCAUUAAAAUGACCUACACUAGAAAAUCGAAGUCCCCCAAAAAAGUACAUCCUCCCUUGAUUGCAGAUGCAAAUAGUUCCAGUGAACUACCAAAGACUGAUAUUGAUUUGUGGGUUGAGUCAGUCGUGGAAGCAACUUGUUCGAAAACAGUGGACGUAGAGUCAGCUAUCAAAAAACCUAAUCGCACAACGCAAAUUCGAUCGUCACAGUAUUCUGAUAUCACUCCACAUGAAUCUUUUGUUGAAUUGGUUACUGCAGCAUCAGCCAAUCCAGAAUAUCAAGAGCAAGAAAGCACAAAUGAAAUGACCUCAGAGGUUCUGAAUAAAAGUGACCUUGAAAACCUAAGUGAUAUGCCGAGUAUAUCAAACCCGAUUCGUAAAAGUCAUACUCCACUUGCAAGUAAAAUUGUUCGAUCGCUGGAUAACAAAAGGCAGACGAUUGGUUCAUUUUUUACGAACAUAUUUGGGAAACUUGCGGUAAGCCCUGUAACGAAAUUGAGCAUAACGGAUGAUAAACAAAAAUUGGAGCAGGAUGACCAAGAGGGUGUUUUAGGAAAUGACACCAAUGAAUCAGAAGAUGUAUAUCACGAAAGUGAAACCGGUUUCUGUGAAAACACCAGGCACCAAGCCCAAAAUACCGUUUAUUCCAGCCCCAAAUUACCUCAGUCGUUACGCAACACUAGGAAAUUUAUUGGGAAUGCUUUAAUAUCAUUGAACACAUCCAAAUCAGUAUUAGAUAAUACCGCGGAAAUUGACGAAAGUCUAUUGCUAAAUGAAACUGGUUCGUCUAAUGUGGAAAACUGCCUAGAUGAUGAUGGUUAUGAUCUUACAGAUUUGAGUAGUGCACAUCAGGUAGAUCAUCAAGUGGUAUUACCUGUUGCCGAUAGGUUAUUAAAAACACCGAAAAGAAAAUCUACCAUAAAUACAUCCAUCUCUAAAGAUUGCGCAGAUAAUUCCAUGAAAUUGAAUCUUGUUCAACACAACACUCUGGAAUGUGCUAAAAGCGGUGACUCUCCUUUUGAAGCAGGGAACAUUCAACACACCUCUACAAAUAGUGCUCUUAGUAACUCGAUCAAUAAUACGCCAAUGAGUGUACGAACUGAAUUAAUUUUGGAAGAACACCACACAUUACAUAAUAUCGGUGAAACUGAAAAAUCAAGGACUGGAAGUUUGUCAAAGCUUCAAAAAAGCAACGGAACACCAAUCAUUUCAUGCAAUAACAGCGAGUCCAACUAUAAGAUUAUGCCAAGCCCUUUCCAAAAUGCUGUCGCUGAAGGUGAACGUAGUGAUGUCAGCAAAACAAGAAUGACUCGUAGAAAUACUACUGCGACUCUUAGUACUCCAAAAACGACUACUGGAAAAAAUACACCGGCAAGUGAAUCGAGACUUUCUCUUCGUGUAUUACGGUCGACACCGGCAAAACAAGUUGUCCCCACAGUUUCAUUACCAGCUACAUACGAUACAAAUUCCGAAUUACUUUCCGAGGUUGAACUCCCUGAAAAUAUACAGUUAUCAACUUCGGUUGAUAACAUUGAAUCUACACAGGAAUCUAUGUUAGAACAAGAUCAUGAACCGACUGAAGAACUACAGUCUACUACUUUCGAUGAGAGCCAAAUAGUUGAACCUAGUCUCUCACGACUAGAAUUGGUGAGUGAUACCUCCUUGCAUCAAAACGUCACUUUCGCAGAAAAUUUAGAUUCCUCUGUAGCUGUGUACGACGAAAAAAUACUUGAUAAGACAAAUGUUAAAGGUUUAAACGUAAUAUCUAUUACUCCGCUGUCUAAGGAAACUGAUGAUGAGAAAAUCAAUAUAUCACAGGAUAGCACUAGAAUGGAGAUAGACAAUAUUGCCUUUAAUUCUAAUAAUAGUAAUGCAAGUAAUUCUACUGCUGCCGUUCCAAAUACGAGAAGAAUGUCUCGUAGAACUAUUAGUGCGAUCGCUACUACUCCUACACCAGCAAUUGUUAAAAACUCGUCUCGAAAAACCGUUUGCACGAUUUUAACUACUCCUAAAAGUUCAACUGUCAAAAAUGCACCGGUAAGCGAGAGUAAACUGCCCAUCCGUGUAUUACGAACGAAGCAGAUCGCUACAGAUUCAUUACCGACCCUUAAAAAUGAAAAACCACAAUCAGCUGACGAAGUUGAAUACUUGAAAAAUACAAAUUCAUCAAAUAUGGUUGGUAGUAAUCAAAUUGCAGAUAAUUCCAAAAUGUCACCUAAUGAAGUAAGUUUUGAAAUGAAGCAUUCGGUUCUAAUAGCUAAUCCUGGAUUGGAAGACGAGAAUAACAAAACGAUAGUAACUGCAGCAAUUUCCGACGCUUCAGAUUUUAUGGCUACGGCGGCAAAUGUUUCACAGUCAGAACAGAACGACGCCAUGCCACAAACUCGUACUUCUUUACUACCGGUAUCAGCAUCAGGAACGCCGCUUAAGUCAAGUGCAUCAUCGUCAAUUAUCAUCCAUACUCCUUCGACAUCCAAGCAAAUUCAUAAUAUCAGAGCAAACGAACCACUAGAAAGCAAAAAUGAGUCAGAUCUAGAACCUAAUAAUGUCCAUAAUUUGCCUAUUGAUUCAACGAACGUAAAGAGAAUGACCCGUAGGACCACAACUUCGAUUAUUAGUACUCCAAAAACAAAUUUUGCACAAAGUGUGCCGUUAAGCGAAUCGAAACUGAAACUGCGUACAUUACGGAUGGCCCAGAAAGCUGCAAAUGAGGUUGCAUCUACAGAUUCAUUAAGUAAUAGGAAAGCAACAUUAUUUGGCGACAUUGAAUAUUUGGAAAGCGCAAAUUCAUCUAAUUUGAUUGACAGUGGCGAAAUUACAGACAAUUUAAAAAUUUUCCAUGGAGAAGAGAGCUUUGAUAUGAAGCAAUCUAGUGAUGCGGUUGUAGUAGCUAACCCUGAGUCCGGGGAAGAAGUCAAUCAAAUGCUAUUACCGACAAAAGAAAUUUCCGAAACUACAGAACGUAUGCCUACUGAUGACGAUGACCAAAAAGCUGAGACAAGCCAUUCGAAACAGAGCAAUGAUAUUAGUAAACAACAAAGUAAAACUUUAUCACCUGUUGGUAUUUCAAACGUAAGGAAAAUAACUCGUAGGACCACAACUGGUUGUACCCCAAAAACAAAUAUUGUGGAAAAAGCACCGUUACGCGCGUCGAAGCAGGCUCUUCGCGUAUUACGGACGGCACAGGAUGCUGGAUACAAGGUUGCAACUCUAAACUCACCAUCAAUCUCAGAUGAUAAAAGUACAAAAAUAUCUGGAGUCACUGAAUACUUGGAAUAUACGAGCUCGCUCAAUUUCGUUGGGCGUAGUGAAAUUGCAGAUAGUUUCAGACAAUCACUUAAAGGAGAGAGCUUUGAUGUUAAACAAUCGGGACAAGAAAUAAUUCAAACAAUAUUACCGGCUAAAGAUAUUUCUGAAACUUUCAAGUCUAUGGCUGCUGACGUUGACGAAAACCAAAUAACUGAGAUAAACCUUGAGAAUGCCAAGAAGACAGUUGAUAUUUUCGAGCAACAAACCGAAGCUUUAUCUCCUGUUGGUUUUACAAACGUAAGAAGAACGACUCGUAGGACUACAACAGCGAUUGUUAGUACUCCAAUAGCAUAUAAUGCUAAAAACGUGUCGCUGAACGAGUCCAAACUGACAUUGGGUGCAUUACGGAAGGCUCAAAAAGAUAUAAAUAAAACUGCAGUUCUAAAUUCAUCGCUAACCUUAAAAGAUAAAAAGGUGAAAUUAGGCGGCGUUUUUGAUAACUUCGGAAAUACUAGCUCAUCAAAUUUAGUUGGACCUAGGGGAAUUAUAGAUAAUUCCAAAACUUCUGAAGUCAUGUCUACCGUUGAUGAAAAUCAGAUUGCAGAGACAACCCUCUUACAAUCCCACCAGGAAAAUAAUAUAAUCGAACAGCAGAGCGACAUGUUAUCACAAAUAAGUACUUCUGAAUUGGCUGCAUCCACGUCAGAAACGCCGAAUAGGUCAAGUGUGUCAUCUUUAGUUAAAAGCCAUACUCCUACAUGUACGCAAAUUGAUAACAUCGGAGUAACUCUAGUACAACAAAGAGAAAAGGAAUUGGUUUAUAAAACUGGCAAGUUGCAAAAUGCAAUUGAUGAAAUAGAAUCUACUGACAUCCACAAUUUGUCUAUUGGUUUAGCAAAAGCUAAAAGAAUGACUCGUAGAACAACAGCUGGGGUCGUUAGUACACCAAAAACGAAUACCGUUAAAACCGCACCUGUUACCGAUUCAAAACUGACACUUCGCAUAUUACGGACCGCACAGCAUGCAGCAAAUGAGGUGGCGACUAAGAAUUCAUCGACAAGCAUUGCUAAUAAAAAAUCAAAUUUAUUUGGCGAAAUUGAAUACCUGGAAAAUACAAAUUCAUCAGAUUUGGCUGACAAUAGUAAAAUCCUAGAUGAUUCCAAAUUAUCAUCUACUGGAUAUCAAAGCCCUGGUAUGAAGCAAUCUAAUAAUGAUGUUCUACUAGCUUAUUCUGGAUCGAGAGAAAACAUUCAUAAUGCAACUUUACCGGCCAAAGAAAUUUCCGAAGCUUUUGAAUAUUCCAACAGCGAUGAACAUCAAAUAGGCGAUCCAAAUCUCUUGCGUGUAGAACAGACAAGUGACCUUUUCGAGCGCCAAAGUGAAAGCACAUUACAAAGUUCUGUACUGCCUACUGUCACUACAGGAACACCGUAUAAGUCUGAAACAUCGUUUUCUCCUUCUAUAAGUAAACAAACUGAUGACAUGUUUGGUGCAAAAAAAGUGCAGAAUGUAAUUAUUGAACAUGAAGCUGGCAACGUCAAUGAUUUACCUGUUGGUAUUACUAAUUCAAGGAGAAUGACUCGUAGAACCAUAGCUUCGACUGUUAGUACGCCAACGACAAAUAUUGUAAGAAACAUACCGGCAAGCGAGUCGAAACUGUCUCUCCGUUCGAUUUGGCCGACACAGGUUUUGGAGGAGCAAAUUUCUUCCAUAGAUUCUGUAUCAAUUAUCAAUAAAUAUAAGGAAAAUGCAAGCAUGUCCGGCGAGCUUGAAUGCUUAGAAGACACAAAUUCAUCUAUCAAAAGUCGGAAUAACGAUAUCAUCGAACCUGUAGGGGAAAGCUUAUUCGUGGAGCAAUCCCGUAAUAUUCCACUCAAUAUUUCGAAUAUAGAAGAAGGCUUCAAGGAUGCAAAUGGAACCAUUGAACAUCAUAGCCAAACCUUGUCGAACAAUUCUACUUUACUAACUGCAUCCCUCUCGGAAACACCGUUUGAUACAAGUGAAGGUUGUUCUGAACCAGCUGAGACUGCUAUUGAUGCUUGCAAAACUGUUUCUCAAAUUGAGCCGUCGGCUUGUCCAAAAGUAGAAACAUUGACCAGCAUGCGAAAAUCAAAUAGACGCGAGUCAGCUGAUAACAGCUCUCGAAGAGCAACACGUUCAUCAAUCUUAAACGCGGAUCGAUUACUGGAGGUUUCAGAAACAGACUAUCAAAAGGCGCAGUGUACAUUGAGUGAUUCUAUUGCUAUGUCGUGUGAAUUGCAAUUAAAUCAGACAAAAUCUGGCACAUCUGAUGCUACUGAUAUAGGUGAUCAAGAUUUGUCACCAACAUUAGUAAAGGAUUGCUUGACUGCUAAUUCGAACCUUUCAAAUGAGAAGACAUCUUUAUUUCAGAAAACACCCUCGUCAAGCUUUAUUUCGCCUUCGACUAGAUGCGCGACAAAGAAAAAAAUAGAUUCUAAUAAUUUUGAAUCCGCAAACAGUUCUACUUCAUAUUCUACACGCAAAACAAUUGCACCGGAUACGCGCAAUUCGUCUUAUGUAUCAUACGAAACUCCAGCUCGUGCUACUCGCUCAAGGGCAACAUUAUCAACAAAAGAAUCUUCAUCUCCAACUGACGCUUUUGCAAAUGCUGACGAGAUAUCGAAUAAGUCGUCUGUUUUAAAGGGAAAAAUGAUUGAAAUUGCUAUGACUCCGCCUCUCAGUACGCUAUUCAAAACUCCAGUACGAAUGACAUCGACCCCCUACAUAAAAUCUGUGACAUCUGCUGAAAAAGACACUGUAUCUAAUACGUUCGAAAGUAAAGCGGAUUGUGAGUUAAAUAAAACAUGGUCUCCAUCAAAGCAACCGUCUACAGAGAGCGGAGAAAACAAAGAGGAUUCGAUAAGACUACACGAGAACUCAACAAACUCGAUUCCUCCGACUGAACAAAUAACUCGCCUUUCAACACCCAAGAGCAAUCAUAAAAAUUCUUUUGCUGUUGAUAGUCCAACUCGGAAUUCGCUGCCCUCUAUUGACCAAACGUCCCGUUCAGAGAAAGAAGCAAAUCCUGAAAUGUCGUCUACAUUUUUGUCGAAUGCAUUAGCUGAAAAAUUGAAUGAAAAUGACCAAAUAACAGGAGAAAGACUACCUGAGCUCCACGUUGAAACGCCAGUAAUGCAUAAUUUAAUUGAAACUCCUUCACGAACAGCACUGUCAACCAGUGGGGAAAACAUUUUAUCCACAACAAAAGAAUUGAACAACACGUCUAUCACUUUGACAUCCCUGUUUAAAACACCUGGUCAAUCAAUAUUUACGGACACAUCCGCAACCGCCGCAGUCACACCUAUGUCCAGGUCCACACGAAAAAUUAAAACGCCGUUCUCAGCCACCGGAAGCAGUACAAAUAAUUUGACAACACCAAUUACUAAAAACAUCCAAUUGAGGAGCUCUAAUAGCGAGAAAACUUCAUCAGUAAACAGCAAAACGAAUGAAUCAAGUCAACAGGAUACACCAAUUAUGCAAAAAUUAUUCGAAACACCAGUAACAAACUCAACAUUAGCGGCAAGUAUCGUUUCUUCGCAGCCAACUGUUGAAAAUGCAGCGUUGAAAACACCUGUUGCUUUCACUGAUCGAAAGAAAUCAGCUCGUUUGACAAGAAACAGUGCCGUAAGCAUUACAAUGUCUAUUGGAAAAAAUAUUCACACUUCUGAACAGAGCUCGCAUUGCGAACUUACGCCCUUGUUAGCAAAGGUCAAAAGACGUGAGUCAAUGUUCAAUCAAUCAUCCGUAUCAAGCAACAGUCCAACAGAGAAGGUAACUGCGAACGAUGCUCCACCUCAACCAGUGGACGAAUUCUUCAAUAGCAGUUUAAAUGCUUGCUCACCUACAGUUAAGACAUCAAUUGAAACUGACAUUUCUACUGAUCUUGGAAAAGAAAUCGAUGCCAAGUCGUUGUCUGAAACAACUACAAUAGUAGGUAAUGUGUCUCUAUCGUCUUGUUCUAAUGCAGAUCAACCACGCAGUGACAAUAUUAUAAAUGUUUCCAAAGCGACCGCUGGAAAUAUUAGUACAUUCUUUGAAGAAUCUCAAGCAACGGAAUGUAACGAUGAUGCUUUAAGCUCAUCAGUUAACGAAAUCGAAUCAGAAACACAUCUUUCUCGUUCAUCUGAUGUCCAUAUUCAAUCUGUUAUGGUGGAAAUUAACAAUUCCAAUUCUGCAGACACCGUAAUGAUUCCCAGCACAACUUGUCAGACGCCUGAAACAAAUACUUCUCACCUUUUUAAAACACCAGCAAGUGUGUGCAGUGCGGUGGAAGACAAGAAUGCAGUUGGAAAUGUAGAGGGCGUGUCACCUUCCAAAUCUUUGUUUGUAGUUGAAAGAGAUUCCAUCGAUGAGUCUUUGCUCAAAAACCUAUGUGAACGAGUGGUUUCUUUGGAAAAAGAAUUAGAAGCAUUGCAAGAAACUUCUCUCGACGACAGCAGGUCCCAGGAAGCAAACGUUAAAUCUCUUCCGGAAACCCCGAAUCUUUCACAUUUGCAACCAGAGAUCGAAAACGGUCGUUCUACACGUGCGACGGCUCAAAAUAAACGAAAGUUGUACACCAGAAAUAAUCCAGAAAACACUACUCCGGAAAGUCGAAAAUCCAUAGUUGUUCAACCUGUAUCCAGCAACGAGUAUCUGUGUAUGUUGGAUUCAACUAAAAAUGUAAUAGAAAACACGAAUGCUGGAGAAACCAAAGACGAGCAAAACGAUUCGUCUGAUUGGAGUGCGGCUUCUACUUCACAAGAAAUUAAAAACGUGAAAAGGGUGCUACCUUCGCGUGCAUCAAGAAGAAAUAUAAAAACCUUGUGUGAAGAAGAAUUAGCGGGUACUUCACCAGAAGUGAAAUUUGUCAAACCAAAACCGAUUACAAUUGAAAUAACUAUUGACGAAUCUAACAAGGACAUUGUAUCUGAGAGUCGAUUAUCGGACGAUACUGUCGCUGGUAGAAGAAAAGUAAUGUUUAACGACAAUAUCCAGGUUAAGGAAAUAAAUUCACCCGCAAUAGUUGGUGAUAUUAUUAAGAAAAUUUCGUCCAGAGGUCGCGGACGAAAGCUUCCUAAACCAGCUGAGAUUAUGGAGGAAACAACGCAACCGAAUGCCACCAACAAUGACCCACUGCCUAUUGUAGAUCAAUCAGAGGACCCAGGACCAAAACGAACACGUCGUGGUAACCAGAAGAAAAAUGCCGUAGCUUCUGAAUUAGCAAAACCCAGAAAUACCCGCCAAUCGAAAAGAAAAGUGGAAAAUUUAAUUAAUGAUGCUGAUUCCACUAACGAGCUCAAUGAUGGCGUUCCAGCUUCUGGUAGCGAUGACCUGUUCUCCGACAAAGCGAAGGAUGUAAUAAAUCAUAGUCCUGCUAGAAACGCGCGAGUAAAGCGUACCAGGAUACAAUCUCGAUCACAAAAAUCUAUUUCCAAUGAGGGAAUGAACACAAAUAACGAUUUGCCACCUGUGAAGGACAAGGACUUAAACCUGCAUCAAGCUUCAAUGAACGAAACAGAAGAUGCAUGCAAAGAUCUAAACAGUUUAGAAAUCGAGAGUAAGGCAACGUCACGUGAUACUCGUAAGAAAACUAAAUCAGUAAAAUCCGAGAAACUUUUUUCUGAAACAACUGUUGUCGAUAAAAUAAAUAAAGUGGUAAAGCAGUCUACAGCCGAUUCUACUAUAGAAACGAUCGAGGAGUCUGUACUACCACAAAAAGACCUCCCUGAGUUGAAGGAAGAAAGCAACGCAGUCACAAAAACGCAACCUCGUGCUUCUAGAAAGCAAACUAGAACUACUAAAACCUCAACAAAAAAUGUUAGAGCUCUCAAGCUGCCUGAAAGCGAAUCUCUCAGUGAUACAUUGGACACAUCUAAUCAGAAUGAAACUAAAUUGAAGGAAAAUACUAAAAAGAACCCAAAGUCAACUCGAUCAGUGAAAACUAUCAAAACGAUUUCUGAACAGACUGAAGACUUUGAAGUUAAGUUAUCUUCGGAUAUUAAUCAUGUGCCAAAUACGGAAAUAUCUAACAAAGAUGACGCAGAUAGUGAAGUCGUUUUCCGAAUCCCGGCAGAUAAUGAGAAACUCUAUAAAAAGACAAAGCGACCUUUGCGUGGAGCACGGAAUAAUGAUAAGGCAGGUCUGGAACAAAAAGACAGCUCCGCCGCAGGAAAACGUAAGCAAGAUGAUAGUGAGUCAAACACAACUGUAGACAAUAUCGAUUCGUCAAAAACAACGAUGAAUCAAUCUGACGAAAACAAGGUAGAAAUAAAGCCUCGCCGAGCAGCAGCUAGAAAACUCCCCAGCAAGCGAUCUACACGACAAGCUAAAAGCAAAACUGAACAAUCUCCUGAUGAAGACGCAUCGGCACACGCCGAUAAUUUGGCAUCUGUACCUGAAACUGACGAACCUGCCGCAAACGAAGCCAUAAUGACUCACGCUCACGAAAAGACUGCAGAAGAACCAGAAAAUGUCAUACCACCUAAGCGUGGUCGCAGACGUAUAGCACCAGCUAAAACAGCAGUUGAAAAAGUGUUGAAGAAUACAGUCGCGUCUUCACUAAGCAAUGUAGAGUCCACUGAAACCAGUCAAGAGUUGCAAGGUCCAGUAAAACGAUCUCUUCGCCAAACUAAGCGAUCUCCUGUCUACCAAGAGCCUCCAGCAAGAGGUCUAAGGAACAAUAAACAAACUAGUAAUACUGCCGAAGUGCACCAGGAGGAGUCUUUAAACGAGUCUCAUAUGGUUAAAACAAUCCUCUCUGCAUCACACACAUCUACACCUCUGUUAAAAGCAACCGGAUCGGAAACUUCACCAUCAAAAACGAAAGCUACCCGGAAACGUGGACAAAAGAUUGUAAAUCCUAUUAUCACUGCGCUUGUCGAAGAAGAACGUAAUCAACAACGGAAAUCACCAAGAAAGCGUCCUGAUAAGAUAAAUGCAGAAAAACAGGAAUCUGAAGGUAAUACGAUAGAAAAAAAAUCAUUGGAAAUGAACGUAUCAACUGAUACUGAAAUGCCAACCAAGAGAAAUCGCCGCGGAAUAAAAUCCAGAGUAGAUACAAAAAAAGAUAACACCGCAUCGAAACGGAUUGGUGAUAAAGUCGACGGGGCCGAUGAACAGCCUAAGAAAAAAACCAAAACAUCGGAAGUUGCCUCUGAACAUCAGAGCGACGUCAGCGUUUCCGGUGAGUCGGCGGCAGCUAAGAGUACCAGAAGAAUACGGGGCAAGAAAUCAGCCGAUGCGGUAGAAGCGGAGAGCACAACUACAGCUAAUCGAAAGAGACCAGCGCGAUCGCGAAAAUAAUUUUUUAAGAAUGCUUAUAAAACUGAAGUGUUAAGUUCUUCUCCAUAUAAAUGAUUAUUUUCGAUUUUUGAUUUCGAGUAGUACUUCUUACUGAUUUGACAACUUUUUCAUAUUUUAUA